AUGAAAUGUCAUCCAUCGCAAUUUAUAUUGGAAAAUAAUAGUACAAGACCAAUUAUAUGCCGUUUUGCUAAUCGUGAAGCAUAUGUUUGUUGUCGAUCAAUCAUACCAAAAAAUUUUAUUGAUGAAUCGUGGAGGAUAAGUGAAAAAAAAUGUGAACAAUUUCAUCCCCUUCCACCACCUUUUGAAAUUUUAAGUGGAUAUGAAACGGAACCUGAUGAAUUUCCUUUUAUGGCGGUUAUAGGAUAUGGUAACGCAAGCAAUCCUGUUUAUAAUUGUGGAGGAGUUUUAGUUGAAAAAAAUUUUGUACUUACAGCUGGUCAUUGUGGCAAGUAUAAUGGUGAACCAGCGUCAGUUGUUCGAAUCGGUGGGAAUCCACUUUCAGAUAAUGCAACUAAACCAAUACGAGUAGUAAAAGUUAUCAUUCAUCCGAAUUAUGAUAGUAUUACAGAAUUAAAUGAUAUUGCAAUAUUGGCAUUAGGUCAACAUGUUGAUGCAACCCCCGCUUGUUUAAAUAUUUUUGGAAAACUGGAAACAGAAUAUUCGAAAAAAGUUAUAGCUAUGGGUUAUGGAUCAACUUCAUUUGGUGGUGCAUUUGCAAAAAGAUUAUUGAAAAUUUUCUUAACAGUUGUUGAUAAUAGUGUUUGCGAGAAAGAUUAUGAAGGUCAACAAAUUGUUGAUACACAAUUAUGUGUUAAAGGUAACAUUAGGCAAUUAAAUGAAACAGAAACUGGAAUUCAAGAUACAUGCCAGGGUGAUUCAGGUGGACCAUUAUUAUUAAAACAAUCUCUUCGAGUAAAACCAAGUGUUGUUGGUAUUGUUUCUUAUGGACGAGGUUGCGGUACUGAAAUUCCAGGAAUUUAUACAAAUGUUACUGCAUAUCUUGAUUGGAUUGAAUCUGUUAUUUGUAUUAAAAAGGAAUUAAAAGAAAUGGACAAUGAAUUAAGCGGAAAAAAUUUGGACAAUGACAUUAAGCGGAAGGGACAUUGGACAAUGAAUUAA